CAACCUCCCACAGUCCCACCCAACAGACUUUGGCCUUUUUCUUGGCUACAAAAGCCAUUCAGAAAGAGAGAAAUCAGAAAAUGUCUUCCACAUUCACCACUCCUCGUUUUCAAACCGUCCUCAAGAGGAUCUCACUCUCCUCCUCUUCCCCCACUUCCUCCUCGACAUUUCCAGUCCUCAGAUCUCAUUCCCCAUUUGCUACCUCCUUCCUCAAACAAACUCUCUCCGCUGCCGCAUCACCUCUCUGUCGGAGCUCGCUGUCUUCUUCUGCCUCCUCCUCGUUCUCGCGCAUGUCCGCAGUUACAGCAUCCACCAGCAGCUCCACAGUCAUGGGUGAUGCAAUUGCCGAUGCGGCAAUGGACGUCGUCCAGAGACGCCUCAUGUUCGAAGACGAAUGCAUUUUGGUAGAUGAGAAUGAUCGUGUUGUUGGUCAUGAUACCAAAUAUAAUUGCCACUUGAUGGAAAAAAUUGAAUCUGAAAAUUUGCUGCACAGAGCUUUUAGCGUAUUCUUAUUCAACUCAAAGUUUGAGUUACUUCUUCAGCAACGAUCUGCAACCAAGGUAACUUUUCCUCUAGUAUGGACAAACACCUGCUGCAGCCAUCCACUGUACCGUGAAUCAGAACUUAUUGAAGAGAAUGUUCUUGGAGUGAGGAAUGCUGCACAAAGGAAGCUUUUGGAUGAGCUGGGUAUUCCAGCUGAAGAUUUGCCAGUCGAUAAGUUUACCCCUUUGGGUCGUAUGCUUUACAAAGCCCCAUCUGACGGGAAGUGGGGAGAGCAUGAACUUGAUUACCUUCUCUUCAUUGUUCGGGAUGUCAAGGUGAAUCCCAACCCAGAUGAAGUUGCUGAUGUGAAGUACAUCAAUCGGGAGCAGUUGAAAGAGCUUUUGAGAAAAGCAGAUGCUGGUGAGGAGGGUCUCAAGCUGUCCCCUUGGUUCAGACUGGUGGUUGACAAUUUCUUGUUCAAGUGGUGGGAACAUGUUGAGAAAGGGACACUCUUGGAUGCAGUUGAUAUGAAAACCAUUCACAAGCUGACUUGAGCUGUUAGCUCUGGUUCGUGACUAAUAAGUUUGAAGGUGUGAUAACUGUAGGAAGAUGCAUAAGGCUUUACAUUGCUAGUUUAUAUCUUUUUCCUGUUUCAGGCUUUGAGUGAGUUUAAUAACUGUACGAACUGUAUUAUAUAUGUUUCUUGAUUUUGUAUGAAAUAAAAAAAAUCACUGAAGUUUCUGUUGGCUUUUCGCAAUUUCGAGCGGUUUUGAAAAGUUGGAA